AUACGCCGCCACCGGAUGCUGCACUUGGGGAGCCCUGGCCGCAGUUCAGACCGCCACCCAAACUACCCCCUUGGCCACCGACGCCGCCCGACGACGAGCCACCCGGCGGAGAGCCCCGAGAAGCCGACACGUGCACGCCACCUGUGAUUCAAAGAGAUGAGUACACAAAUCAAUGGGAUAGUCCAAAAAAAACAAUUGCUGAUUUUUCAAAAUUGAAAAAGCUUUUUGACCGGGUAAAACGAAGCUCGUACGCUUCAGGGGUGUUGAUAUCGGGGUUUUCGGGGUCGCUGAUCACGAAUUUCGUAUCGAAUUCACGAAAUUAUUUUUCGUAUUCGCCAUCUGAACAUGACCGAUUGGGAAAUUGUUAAACGAAGGUGGGAUCGAUCGAAGAGUUCCCGCAGAUUGAAUUUUUUUCUCCCUCUCGUUCGACUCGUACGUCGAUUCGGCGCGAAUCUAAAAAAACGUCGGUGUUGCACCUACACGAGAGCCGGUAGCGGCUCGGCCAUAAGCUGCUGCUAGCGAUCAUAAAAUAAUUUCAACGUCGGUGGGCCGAUCGCCCCCACAAGGUGUUUACGACCCCUCGAUACGCCGCUGAUGUUGAUUAUACGCGGUUCUUUCACUCUUCCUAAAAUCCCUGUUAUUAUCAUUGUUAUUAUCAUGAUUAUUUCACCUAUAUAGGUAUAUAUGAGGCAUAGAAAUACGAUGAAAUAAAAAAAUAAUUUCGACUCUUCCGGCAGCCACGAAAUAAAUGUAUAUACACAGGUAACAUUGUCCGAAAUACCGUGAAGAAUAAACCCCGAUGGCCAGAAAAUUUCCGAAGUUGUUUCCACCAAAAAGCCACGUUCGGUUUUGCUUUUAUUUUAUUUUAUAUUUUAUACUUUUCUUCUUCCAUUCUAUAAAGAUUGUUUACAAAGGACGCUGCGGCACCGCGUUCGGCAAGGGUGGUUCAUUUACCUUCUUCCUUUUUUUAUGACUUUUACACGUACACGCGUAUACCUUGUACAUACAUUUAUAUUCAUAUAUAUCGUAUGAACGUGAACUAAAUCACUUGGUAAAGAUAUUCUUGCAUAAUACACGCGAAUUUCUUCGCGUCUUCUUCCCGCCUGGCGAAAUUCAUCAUUCGUCAUUUUUUUUUCCUUCAAAUUUUCAUCAUUUUUCCUCUCCUCAUUCGGUGGAAUUCACGGCAUUUCGCAGGGCGCAUCUUUGGCGUGGAAAAUAAUUUAAUAACGAAAAAAAGAGGAACGAAAAAGAUGAAAAUAAAUACCGAGGUACCUAUGCAAACGGCUCGGUCUGCUGCGGGCUACUCUAUACCCAGCACUUUGAAAUGUCUUAAUUCACACCUCAUAGAGUCUUGUUUGCAUCGGUAGAGAGUCGAUACACAAUCCGUGGAUAGGAAAGGGUCGAGGGGGAGAGGAGGGGAAGGAGACUGGGAUAUUUCCUUCAACCCCCUCCUCUUUACCUCUUGCCCCCCUCCUUCUCUCUCUCGACUCGACUUCUCUUAAACUUUGGAAGAGUAUAAGAGAAAAAAAAAGAAGAAAAAAAAAGAGAUUUCUGCUCUCCGCUCGUGGAAAGAAGACUGACUGACUGACUGACCGGGUCGGCUGAAUGGUGCAGAGGGAGUGCUAAUCAUCGUUGAAAAACGAGAGAGCGAGAAAAUAGGAGGGAAAAAAAAAACCUGGGAAAAACGUACGAGCACCGCGUAAUCCCGGGUGCCGAUAUCCCCGAACCGGCCAUUCCACGGACUUCUGUACGCACACGUUCCGCAUCACGUCCGGAUUCAAUGUUCGAUGUAUCCCUCGUGUCGCAAGGAAUGCAGGAAAAUUCUACCUCGUCACGACGGUUCCCAUUCGAUAAUGAAUAUUAAUGAAAAUAAAAAACGCCUGGUGUGAUGACGAUUUUUGUUCAGUGAUUGAUCGACGAACUGCUUCAUCAUUCCGUGCAAUUGGAAAGGAACAAAAAAACUGAAAAGAAUCCAUCAAACUUUUCACGAGAACUAUAUAAAAACUAGUGUCGAUAAAAACGUGUGCAGAAAAUACAAAAUCAUUAGCAAAAAUAUUAAUUACCGCUCAUCGAUAAGGACAAGCGUAACUGGAAAUUAAGAAUUCACGGUUGAGUGCUUCGUGUUGGUUUGUUUACUGUUUGUUGUGUACAAAAGAAAAGAAGAAACGAAGAUAUAAUUUUGAUAUCAGAGUAAAUCCAAUCGAUGUGUGAGAUAAUGUAUGCGUGGUAACUUUUUUUUUUUUUUUAGUCGUUCGUUUCUCAUUGAUCUUCAAGUUCGUAUGCAGUUUUCAAUUCUUCGCAUUUCGCGCGAUGCAGAUGUCACAUUUUUUAUUCUCUUUUCUUCGUGAUCAUUCGAUUGUUAAUUCGAACUGACGUAUAAUACGGAAAAGAAUAAAAAUCCAAAAUAGCAGAGAUAACGAAUCGUGCUCGAAGAUACCACUAUCUUACAAAGAUGGAUUCACCGUCACCGCAACAACAGCAACAAAUGGUCGAAACAAAAACGCAGAACAGCAGUCAGGACAUAACUUUGCCACAAAAACCAGCCAGUAGCACACCGAGGCACAGUAUAGACGCUAUAUUGGGUCUACCGGCUGCCGUGAGAAAAAGAAAUCAUCAGGAAAUCGAGGAUUCGAACAGGGAUCACGAGAAUAACGGUGAGAACAGUUGCAAUUCGACGGGCGGCGGUAGCGACGAAGAACUGGGAGCCGGAUGCGGAUCCGACGACAUCACCGGUAGCGGGGGUAAGAAGAAGCACAGAAGAAACCGGACCACGUUCACAACUUACCAGCUACACGAGCUAGAGAGAGCUUUCGAAAAGUCGCACUAUCCCGACGUAUACUCCAGAGAAGACCUCGCGAUGAAGGUCAAUCUACCCGAAGUCAGAGUACAGGUGUGGUUUCAAAAUCGACGAGCAAAGUGGCGACGGCAGGAAAAAAUGGAAGCUGCCAGACUCGGUUUUAGCGAAUACCACCACUCAGCCACUAUGAGGAACGUCAGCGGCUCGUCGCUAGGUCUACCGACGGAUCCGUGGAUGCCAAAUUCUCCCUGUAUUUUACCGGCGUUACCUGCCCUCCCUGGAUUUCUUCCCGCACCUCACGCCGGAUAUCCGAGCUAUUUAACGUCGCCUAGGCGCAUGCCGUCGCCCCCGGUCGCCGGAAGCAUAUCCUCGUCCGUAGCAGGUAUGAGAUCGCUGAACGGCGGAGGUUUGUCUUCGCUGGUUUUGAGUAGCGUCGUCGGUGGCGAAGUGAUUUCUUCCUCUUCAUCAUCGGGUGGAGGAACGAACGGCGGAGCGGGUGGUUUGGGAAAUGGCGGCAACGGUCAAUCUCAACAUUCACCGAGUCCUCCCGCCAACGGUCACGAUCCUCGAACAUCCAGCAUCCAAGAAUUGAGAAUGAGGGCCAAAGAAUACAAAGAAUACGGCGAAAGUAUCACCAAGGGUCUCCAAAUGGUCUGAGUUUAUUAACGUUGAUAUUUCCAUUGAAUUUUUUAUCCUUCCCAAAUCAUUCCCAAUAUCUCGGUUGAUUCCUGACGCUUUCUUUUUCCUCGUACCUUUUUCCUUCUUUUUUUUUGUUUUUUUUUUGGUCUGACAAGGAUUACAUUUAUCCGAGGUAUAUAAUUAUUGUAAAGUCAAUUGCGCGUCACAAAAGAGAGGUAUUUAAUUUUCUCUUUUUCAGGCCAUGUGUUUAUUGUACAAUAAUACACGCGAGUAGACAAAACAAAGUAAUAAUAAUAGCGGUAACGAGAACGAAACGAAAGAAAAGAAAUAAUUAAUGACAGAGACAAUUUACUGCAUAGGUAUAUAUAUAUAAAAUGAAAAUAUAUACAUAUUAAUAUUAUAAUUGAUUAGCGUACCUAUCUAUAUAUAAAUAUAUAUUAUCAUCGUGAUUAGGUUAAUUAUUAUGAUACUUAAUAUUAACGUAAUGAUAAAAAUAAUAAUAGAUUAUAUAUAUAUAUAUACAUACAUGCAUAUCUAAAGAAGAAAAAUAAAUCGAUGAAUUAAAAAUUAGGAAUUACAGCACUGCGGCGGAAUUCGAGAGAAUUGUCGAGCUGAAAAAAUUGAAACUAUUGAAAAAAUGAGAAGAGAAAAAUAACAGAAAGAAGAAGAGAAUAAAUGAAUAUAAUAAAAAAAUUUAAGAAAAAAAAA